GCACGGUUUCACGCGUCUAUCUGGGCGUCAGCAGCGCGCUUGCAUGCCUCAGCGCUGGCGGAUGUUUAUUGAAGGUGAGGUUCCGCCCUGGCUGGCACGUCGCAUCCAGGCUUCCAGCGACAUACCUCCUAGUGCACCCCUCGAAACCGUGUCAGGCAGAUUCGGAUUUUCGGCUGAUGGAAGCAGUAAAUCCCGUCCUGACCUCUGCCGGAACGAUGUGCAUUCGCAGCGUCCUGUGGCGCCGGCUCCUCCAGUGAAUAUAAGGGGGUCAUGUUUCGGCCCUUCCUGUCCUCAUCUGCCUAACCACCCAUGCCAUCCUCUCGCAACUCGCCAGGCCUCCGCAAACGGCAGCUAACCCCGGAGCUCAGCGAUGAGAAAGCCCUUCUCCAUUCUCUAGGGUCGGCUGCCAGCGCGAAACACACCGCCGCCGGCCGCUACCUCCUCGUCCUCGUCUCGCUCUCCAUUUCGGCGUUUGUGUUCUUACGGAGCUCCCACAGCGCUGUUGACACGCCCCAGGCAUACGCUCUGUGUUCUCCCGACGGUGCCAGCAUCUACACUGUCGACGAUGCCUUACCCCGGGUGCAGUGCUUUGUCGUCGAGGACGAGACUUUCGUCGAUAUCGGCUCCCUAGAGGACAUUCAAAGGCGUUGGCGCGGAUCGGAUGGGGCCGCAAGCGGUGCCGCCGCGCCUGCAUUACCCGUUCGGUUCAUCAAGCCUGGUGCUGUUAUAGUCCCGGGACUUACAGAUUCCCACGCGCACAUUCUGGAAUACGGCUUCACCAGGUUGCUUCCGAUGGAAGGCACGCAGACUGCCAAAGAGACGGUCGGCCGCAUUAGGACCUACAUCUAUUCUAACCCCGGACUCCGUCACAACCGAGCCAAGUUUGUGGAGGGCUGGGGUUGGGAUCACACAAAAUGGCUCAACUCAACUUUUCCAACUGCUGACGAUUUGGAACGAGAUCUUGUGGUCGCUGGACGCCCUAUCGUGCUACAAGCCAAGGAUGGCCACGCACUUUGGGUAUCCAAGAGAAUACUGCAAAUGAUGGAACCAAUUCCUGACGAAGUCGAGGGCGGAGUUAUUGUCAGGGAUUCCCAUGGCCGUCCCACAGGCAUCUUCCUCGACAACGCUCAGGAGCUUGUGAAUGCCCUUCGCCCGGAACCAACCUACGAACAGCUGGAGAAGCGGUUUAACCUCACUGUGCAAGACGCUGUCACACAUGGACUCACAAGUAUUCACGACGCGGGUUUCGAUCCCGUUUCGCUGAAGUUCUUCCGUCGAGCUGCUGAAGAGGGAAAGCUUCCAAUUCGCGUGUAUGGUAUGACGCACUUCAACGAGUCUGCCGACUAUUGGGGUGACCGCCGCGAGAAAUUAAUCGGCGCAGGCAACGGCCGCCUUACCGCUCGCAGUGUUAAAAUCUUUGCCGAUGGUGCGAUGCGGUCGGGAGGUGCAGCGUUGUAUGACCCGUACACCGAUAAUCCGACGACGCGCGGCGUGAUGCGCAUCGACCCAGAGUUGCUAAACACGGUCAUUCCCCGCUUCCUCAAGGAUGGCUGGCAAGUGAAUGUCCACGCUAUCGGUGACCGGGCGAACGGGCUCGUGCUCGAUGCUUUCGAGACUGGCCUGAAAGAUGCGGACGUGAAAGCACUCCGACCCCGCCUCGAACACGCGCAGCUGCUUGCCGAGCGAGAUAUGGCUCGUUUCGGAGACCUCGGCGUUAUCGCAAGCGUCCAGCCCACUCAUGCCACUGACGACAUGUGGUACGCAGAAGAGCGAAUCGGCCCCGAACGUGUGAAAGGCCUGUAUGCAUUCCGAAGCAUCCUCAACCACGGUGCACGCAUAACCUUGGGCUCGGACUUCCCUGUUGAGGGUGUGAACCCGCUCUGCGGGUUCUACGCCGCAAUCACCCGCCUCUCAGCAGAGGGCACAUCGCCACAUGGGCCCGACGGGUGGUUCCCGGAACAGCGCAUGACGCGUGCAGAGGCUCUGAAAGGUAUGACGCUCGACCCCGCAUACGCAUCCUUCACGGAAGGCAUCCUCGGAUCCAUCUCUGUCGGGAAGCGGGCCGACUACGUUAUUCUCUCGCAAGACAUUAUGACCGUGGCACCAGAGAAGAUCCUUGAUACUCAGGUGGUCGCGACGGUCAUAGACGGCAAACCUGUCUACGGAAACAUGUGACUCUCAGACAGUUGGCGUAUCCGGUUCUUUUCGUGAAGUCGUAUCACGAUGUGAUCCUGGCCGUCUUGUUGGGACAAGCAUUGCUCUGAUUCGCAUGUACCCUGGUCCAGCCUAACGGCCAUUUAUCUGCUAUGGCGCUUCCUCUGGAGCUGGAAUUCGUAACUGACCAAAUUUUGCAUAUGUUGUCGGAACUUGAUACCCUGUAUACAUUAUAUUAUU